AUGGAUUUGGUGGGCAGUGGUGUGGACUUCUGGGGGCUGCAAGUUCUACACCACAGCGGGCACAAGAACCUACAGGGGAGCGUGUUCCAAAUGCAAAAACCUUCCUACAUGUGUAACCAAAGCCCUGACACGAGGAAUGCCGUGCAGCACGCAGAAGAGGGAGAGACUCUCAGUAAAAACAGAACCGAAACCAGCCUCGUUUCUUCCGGUGCAAACUGCUCGCUGGCCUGGUGCGCAGUGAACGUUUCCAGCGCUGCUCGAGGGAAGGCCUUUGUGGGGAAGCAAGUGAAAACAGCCAGUACCGCCACUGUGCCAGCCACGUGCAACACUCCAAGUGCCUGGAGCCCGGCGAGGAGCUACCGACCUGGUCCCCGUCCACCCCUGCGGGGGCUGCUGUCGCAGAGGUGGGACAGGGGGUUCAUGGCUGCACCAAGUACCUUUCUGGAGCCUCCUCCACCCCCGCGUGCCCAGGCCAGACCCCCUUCCUGUCGGCAUUCUGUCCCGUUUCCUAAAUCACUGAGUCAGCGGGUGAGAGACCCGCCUUUGGACCGUGUGAAGUGCCUGUGGAGGAUGGGCACGUCCACCCAGAGCCCGGACAGGGAGGCAGGCAGAAGGCGGCGUCCAAGUGCCGCCCAGGCAAGGCGCGGAGUCCUGACGCCGUGA